GGAGCUGGAGCCUAUGGGAACUCUUGGAGGCGUGGCCAAUGCAUCGGCCCAAUAGGCGAUUGGAGGCGUGACAGGAUCCUCUGAAGGGCCCAAUGGAGCUGCGGAAGGCGGGGCCCGCCGCGCCUUGAGAACCUAUCAGGGCUCCGGGUCUUGCCAUGCGGCCCGGGUUUAGCAGCCAUGUGAGUUUCCCUCCCCAGCCUCAGCGGCACCUUGAUGAGCAAUAUGUCGACCACCGUUGCAGCUCGUAAGCGGGCAAAGCCGGCCCCCGGGCCCGGGGCCGCAGCAGGGGCCGGCAAGAGACGGCGAAAGGUCGACUCUGCUGGGGCCAGAGGCAAGUCUAAGGGCGGCGGCAAAAUGAAUGAAGAGAUUUCCAGCGAUUCUGAGACCGAGAGCUUGGCUCCGAGGAAAACAGAAGAAGAGGAUGAGGAGCUGGAGGAGACUGCACAGGAGAAGAAGCUACGCUUGGCCAAGCUCUACCUUGAACAGCUCAGGCAGCAAGAGGAGGAGAAGGCUGAAGCCCGCGCGUUCGAGGAGGAUCAGGUGGCGGGGCGCCUGAAGGAGGAUGUGCUCGAGCAGAGAGGCAGGUUGCAGAAGUCAGUGGCAAAGGAGAUCCAGGCCCCACCUCCCACCGACAUCCGAGUCUUGCGGGGCCACCAGCUCUCCAUCACCUGUUUGGUUAUCACGCCUGAUGACCUGGCUAUCUUCUCCGCUGCCAAAGACUGCACCAUCAUUAAGUGGAGCGUAGAGAGUGGGCGGAAGCUGCGUGUGAUACCUCGAGCCCAGAAGGGUACCCAAGGGCAGCCCACGGGCCACAGCAGCCACAUCCUCUGCAUGGCCAUCUCCUCUGAUGGCAAGUAUCUCGCCUCUGGCGACCGUAGCAAGCUCAUUCUAAUUUGGGAGGCCCAGAGCUGCCAGCACCUGUACACCUUCACGGGACACCGGGACGCUGUGUCGGGACUGGCCUUCCGAAGAGGUACCCACCAGCUCUACAGCACUUCCCAUGACCGCUCUGUAAAGGUGUGGAACGUAGCAGAAAACUCCUAUGUGGAGACCCUGUUCGGGCACCAGGAUGCUGUGGCUGCUUUGGAUGCCCUGAGCCGAGAAUGCUGUGUGACAGCUGGGGGUCGGGAUGGGACCGUGCGCGUGUGGAAGAUCCCCGAGGAAUCCCAGCUUGUCUUCUAUGGCCACCAGGGUUCCAUUGACUGUGUCCAUCUGAUCAACGAGGAGCACAUGGUGUCGGGUGCGGACGAUGGUUCUGUAGCCUUGUGGGGCCUCUCCAAGAAACGGCCACUUGCCCUCCAGCGUGAAGCCCACGGGCUGCAUGGGGAGCCGGGCCUGGAGCAGCCCUUCUGGGUAUCAUCUGUGGCAGCCCUGCUCAAUACAGACCUUGUGGCCACAGGCUCCCACAAUGCCUGCGUGCGGCUUUGGCAGUGUGGAGAGGGCUUCCGGCAGCUCGACCCUCUCUGUGACAUCCCCCUGGUUGGUUUUAUCAACAGCCUCAAGUUCUCCAGUGCUGGGGACUUCUUGGUGGCAGGAGUGGGGCAGGAGCACAGGCUUGGCCGAUGGUGGAGGAUCAAAGAGGCUCGCAACUCAGUCUGCAUCAUCCCGCUCCGCAGGGCCCCCGCACCCCCUGUUGCAGGCUCCUGA